AUGGCUGAUGAUGAACAAGAUCCCAAAGAAUAUAGAUGGGAAACAGGUUAUGAAAAAACUUGGGAAGCGAUAAAAGAAGAUGAAGACGGAUUGGUGGAGGGGCUUGUGGCUGAAUAUGCUCAAAAAGCAGCGAGAAAAGCUGUUGCUCAACGCCGAGGACCAGUUCGGCUGGGUAUGAUGAGGCAUCUACUUGUUGCCAUUGACUGUUCUGAAGCUAUGAGCUCACAGGACUUGAAACCGACUAGAUUUCUUUGCACAUUGAAGUUGUUGGAAAAAUUCAUAGAAGAAUUCUUUGACCAGAAUCCUUUGAGCCAACUAGGCUUGGUUACUAUGAAAAAUAAAAGGGCAGAAAAAAUCAGUGAGCUAUCAGGGAAUGUGAGGAAACAUAUUAAGGCGGUACAAGGAUUGUCCAACAUGUCAUUAACCGGGGAGCCAUCACUACAGAAUACUUUGGAACUUGCUGGCCGGGUCCUUAAACCACUGCCUGCGCAUGCUUCACGGGAAUUAUUAGUUUUAUUUGCAUCACUUACAACAUGUGAUCCUGGUGAUAUAAGUGUUACUGUACAGAACCUGAAGAAUGAAGGAAUAAGAUGCUCUGUAAUAGGAUUGGCUGCUGAAGUUAGAAUAUGCAAGAAAUUGUGCCAGGACACUGGUGGAGAAUACGGUGUGGUAUUAGAUGACGUCCAUUACCGUUCUCUUCUACUAGAACAAACAUCACCGCCACCGCGCGCCCGGGCGCUGGACGCCGGCUUGGUCAAAAUGGGCUUCCCACACUCUGCUCCACCCUCCACUCAGUCUGAUACAGAGCCACCAAUCACUGUCUGCAUGUGCCACAUUGAAGAAGGUGAAGGUGUAGGAGGUGAAGGCCAUCUAUGUCCACAGUGUCGUAGCAAAUACUGUUCACUACCUGCACAGUGUCGGACCUGUGGACUGACACUAGCAUCAGCACCACAUCUUGCAAGAUCAUAUCAUCAUCUGUUUCCUGUUGAUCCAUUUGAGGAAUUAAAAAAUGAAGGACAAAGUCAAUUCUGUUUUGCAUGUGUAAGAUCUUUCAUGGAUACUGAUAAGCAGAUAUAUCGGUGUAACCGUUGUUUGGAGCAUUAUUGUUGGGAAUGUGAGAGCAUGAUAUCGACUACACUACAUGUCUGCCCCGGAUGUGCUUCUCGCCCUCACCUCUAUCAACGAUUACCAGAUACAGCUUGA